AUGGCCACCAUGAACGGCCGCGAACCCGAUUCCUUCUCACCCUAUCGAGCCGACGGCAAGCUCCUAGGAUUCGUCUGUAUAGUUACCGGGGCGACGCAACCGGUUGGGAGAGCCAUUGUGGCCGAAUUGGCAGCUCAUGGAGCCGCAUGCGUCUAUGCCUGCUCUCCAACCCCCAAAGACGACUACACCAGCUUGGAGCAAGAAGUCAAGAAGCAGCAUCCCGACUCCAACACCAAAAUCAUCGGAUAUCCCUUCAAACUUGCCAACGAAGAAGACACCCUCACUCUCAUCGACGACAUUCUGAACGCAUGGGGAAGGUACACGACCCUUAAAGACUAUCACAACAUCGCUUCCAAUGCUGAUCAAGAGACAGACUAGACAUCUGGGUCACAUCCUCCGGCUUCAUCGGCCCCUCCUCCAUCUCCCAGACAACCCCAGCCGACGUCUACAAGACCUUCGAAGCCAUCGCCCUCGCCCCCUUCUUCGCCCUCAAAUACGCUCCCCCGGCCAUGUCCAAGACCUCUCCCCGGAAACCAAACUACGCCAACGCCGCGCCGAAGCCCCAACCCUACGGCAGCAUCAUCGUCAUCUCAAGCAUCGCUUCUCAAAUCGGAGGCUGCUGGGGCCCCGCAUUCACCAUGUCCUCUCACGCCGCACUGGGAGUUGUAAGAGCCGGGGUCGCGACGCUCAAGGGCACGGGAGUGAGGGUCAACUGUAUCAGUGCCGGACAGAUCGAUAACGGCGUCGAUCUCCAGUCGCUGGACGAACAGAGCCAUCAGCUGCCGCCGAGUAGCUUGCAGAGCAAAGAGGUGCAGAAGCAGCAGAUUGGAUUGGAACGAGCGGGUCUGCCGAACGAGGUCGCGAGGACGGCGGGUUUCCUCGCUUCCGGCUUCUCCAGCUACAUCACGGGCACCAACAUUGUCGUCGAUGGCGGGAGCUCGGCCAUGAAUCCCUUGACGGUGCCCAUGGUGUAA